AUGGAUACCGAAGAGCCAACUGUGUUACGGAAGGACCAGCUGGAGAUCAGCUUGGUCAAUGAGAAGAAGCUGAUCAAGGAAGGCACUAUUAAGGAUGAUAACCCUUUGGACCUUAGUGAGCCGUUCCGUCAGCUCUGCAGUGCAUGUCGUCAGGGCGAUCUGAAAGUUUGCCAGGAGAAAAUCACCGAUGGCGUGAAUGUCAAUGCCCGUGAUCCUUAUGAUUACACACCAUUGAUCCUGGCGAGUCUCUGUGGCCAUUAUGAAGUCGUACAGCUGCUGCUCGAGUCCGGUGCACUGUGUGAACGAGACACGUUCCAAGGCGAAAGAUGUCUAUACAAUGCCCUAAAUGACCGGAUCCGAAACCUUCUCCUCGAAUACGACUAUUCGAAAUCUACGGACCCUCUGCAGCCGCUCGCCGCGCAUAUAACUUCCCUUUUAACACGGGAGUCUCCGGUGACAACCGAUAUCGUGGUUACUGCUUCCGAUGAAUCCCUCCACCUGCACAAAUUCAUCCUCGCAGCGCGUUCCCCGUACUUCCGCGGAAAAUUGGCAGCGGCCCCAGAAUCCGCAACAUGGAAGCUUCCCAGUACAAUCCCCCCGGAGGCAUUUGGUGCCGCAAUCAAAUACCUCUACUUUGGAGAAGCUCCUCGGGACUUGAGAAGUAGACCUGGAACCGGUUUCACCGAGUCUGAAGUGUUUGCCGGAGUGGACAGAGUCUCAAAGUACCUGGAAAUCCACAGUCUUCUGGAUAGUAUCCUUGAUAGCGGAGACAGGAGACGCGCCCGACAACGGAGAACCGACGAGAUCUCCAAGGGUCGGGACCAAAUGGAACAAUGGUUCCAGGCGAACGUUCUGGGAAACAAGCUGAAGGUUGAAACCUCAAAAGUGAACGAUGUGAAAUGGGAUCACAAUAACGCAAUCUUCGCCGAUGUUCUUCUAAGGGCGGAUGAACUCCCCGAUGAAGACGAAGAUGAAGUUGAACCACAGGCCAGCAAUGGAAUAGCUAGCUCGAUCCCUAUCGGCCCUACAGCUUCCACGGAAGAAAAGAAAACCGAAGGACCAAAGUCAAUCCUGUUCCCAUGUCAUCGAGCAAUGCUUCUGCGAUCAGAGUUCUUCCAGGCUAUGUUCACAUCUGCGUUCCGCGAAGCUCACCUCAGAGAGCAUCUAACGAUCAUUGACAUAGACUGUUCACCAGAGGUAUUGGAGAUCAUUCUUACAUUUUUGUACACAGAAAGAGCCGACUUCCCCUUGGAAAUCGCCGUCGAUGUCCUCUUCGCGGCAGACAUGCUCUUCAUCGAAAAGCUGAAGACUAAAGCUGCGGUGGUCAUUAGUACACUGGGCAGUGCCGGAAUGUCCCAAGCGGAAGCCGCAAAGACUCGUGGAACAACAGACGAGGACGAUAUUGAUAUAUACUCGAUUGUGCGAGCUGCGUGGUUGACACGUGUGCAGCGACUGGAAGAAUUCGCUGCUCGAUAUCUAGCAUACCGACUAGAAGCGCAUAUCGAUUCUCCAGAAUUCGCGGAGUUGAUCCAGGAAUCUGCAUAUCGUAUCAAGGCGAGACAGGAAACCGAUUCCAUUGAAAUGCUGGAUGACAUUCGUUUCUAUCUUGGGGAACGGUUUAGGUUGAGAUUCGACGAGGCGGGUCUUGAUGAGAUGAUGGACGAGGAGUUGCCACCGGAGGAGAUUGAGGAUGAGGAUGUCACGAAGCUUGCAGAAGGCGUCGACGCACUCGAUGUAUCCAAGCAGACGACUCCUGCGGUUGUGAAACACGUCCAGCAGCAGGCGCACGUUCCGGAAAUUCGAACUCUAGAUGGUGCAGUCGUUGAGGAUGAAUUCGACGAAGAUGCGAUGAAUUAUCAGAUCUUGUUGGAGAAGCUGGAUACCCUGCUUGAAAAUCUCAACCUGGAGGCUUGA